AUGAAUUCAUUGUAUAAUCAUGGAAUUAAACAAACACAACUUCUCACGAAAGAUUUGUCAUCAUUCGAAUCGAAUGUGUCUACUUCUCCCUUAUCUCUUCAAGGUUCUAUAACUACCUCACUUGCCGCAUUUAGAAAGACAGUCAAGGAGUACGGUGAUCUAGUUAAUCAAAACAAAUCCACCGAAGAUGAUGCCAAUGCUAAACACGAACAAAGAUUGGAGAAAUUUCAACAAGAUUUACAAAGUUUCAGCUCCAAGUUCGAAACGUUAAAGAAACAAAGAGAAAACAUUCAGCAUGAAGCAAAUAAGCAAGAAUUAUUAGGUAGAAGGCACCAUGCAGGACUGGAGCCUUCAACUGCAUCAGAUAAUCCAUAUGGAGUAAAUAAUGGGGGACAGCAACAGCAGCAAAUGUCUCAGCAAGAGGGUUUGUUUAAUGAAAGAAUGUCAUUAGCAAGAGGAACUCAACAAUUGGAUCAAAUUUUAGAAAUGGGUCAGCAAACAUUCGAAGAUCUUGUUGAACAAAAUGAUAUCUUAAGAAAAUUGGGUGCGAAGUUUGAAGAACUGUUGAUAACUUUGGGGGUAAGUCAAGGAACAAUUAAGAGAAUUGAAAAAAGAGCCAAGCAGGACAAGUGGUUGUUUUGGGGUGGUGUUAUUUUGAUGUUUGUGAUCUUUUGGUAUAUACUAAGAAUUUUUAGGUAA